GUUCACUGAUUGCGCCGCGGAAAUGCAAAGACACACCUUCGCCGCCGUGGAGCGCGUAAUUUCCGCGGUUGGUUUUUCCCCCGUGGUCGUUCUCUCCGCCGAGCCGCCACACAAGUCGCCCGCCAUUCGCGUCCGUCAUUGGUGUUGUUUUUCGGACAUUCUGCGUGGCGAGUCGGCGUACAGUUCCAAACUCGCGUCAUGCCCUACCUCCUCGUUUGGAGCCAGGUCCCUGGUGCGGCUCCAACGUACCUUGACGGAAGCCAGGACCCAGCUUUGUUGAAGGAGCUUGGCGGGAAAGUUAACAAGCCCGUGUUUUCGAAGCGUACACUGGUCAAGGUGGAUGACACUCCGUGUUCCGUGCUCAACAAGCUGGAAGUCAUGGGCUACAAGGUGCUCGCCGUGUCUGGGGACACACUGGGCACCGUCUGGACCGUCCACAAAUCGUGACGAAGGGAAAUUCGGACCAAAACGAAAGCUACAAUCUACAAGGGCCGUUCAAGGUUCAUCAGGCCUUUUGCCCGUGGGAAAUCGCUGAACAAGUUUAGCAUGAUGAAACUUUCGGAGGACGUCAACGGGUAUAGUCUUUCUUGAAUAUCCGGGGCCCGAAUAGGCGUAUUUGCCACAUCGCAGCAGUUCCCGCUAUCAUGGCGGCGAGCAAUACGGCUGUGGGGCAUCAAGGAAUAAUUAGAUUUGGGCGAGGUUAAACCGACUGAAAUUUUGAGGAUACUGUAAGCAUGACAUAAGGAACAAAAUUUCUCACUGACAAGAGUGAGAAUGGUGUCAACAGUUUAGGAAAGGACGACCCCCCGUGACAAACGAACCGCAUGGACACGUUCGUCCGACUGCAGUCAAGCAGCCCAAUUCUCUCUACGCCAUGGGAAUCAGGGAGCUGCCAAAAACAAUGGCAGAGAAGUUAUGGUCAUGUACUUCGGUCUUGUCGACUUUUUUUGUUUCCUUUCUAGGAAUAAAAAUUCCGGUCACCCUCGAGUGACCCUUGUA